AUGAGCAAAUGGAAGAAAAGACAGAGAGAGAGAGAGAGAAGGGAGAUGAGAGUGGAUGGAAAGGAUACUCAAGAAAAAAAAGAGGGGAGGGAACAGACAGAACGACUCGACUCCUCCAGCAGAAUUAGGGAGGAAGCAGAAACCCAUGAGCAGAGGAAGAGAGGAGGAACAGAAAGAGGGGGAGGGGAAGAGAAAAAUAAAGAGGUACAAAAAAAACAGGAGUAAGUGAGGGAAGAAGAGAGCACAGAACCCCUCGCUUUUUGUUUUUGAGGUUUUACAAACAUGGCUGCAGCCAAAGAGGAAAAAGAAGAGUAGAAGUCUUUAUGUUGAAUACAAAUACGUUGUAGUACAGUACAGUGGUCUUCUUCUUCUUCUUCUG